AUGUUAGUUAGGCUUUUAUCACUGUGUAUUUUGCAGUUAAGUUUAACUGAAAGUAAAGAGAGCAGUUGUGGUUGCAAUGUUGAUCGAACACAAGUGGUAAACUUUGAUAGUAAGUUAGUUUUUAAUAAUCUACAAAGUGAAGACGAUAAAUGUCCCGCUGAUAGUAAUAUUAAAUUCACCGAAGAGCAUAAUGUUACAGUUGACAUGGUUUUAAUACCUGCUAAUGAGUAUCAGGUUGGUUCAGACGAUGUAGUUAUUGAAAAUGAUAAGGAAGGACCGAAGAGGAUUAUAAAAUUAGAACCAUUUUAUUUAGACAAAUAUGAAGUUUCAAACAGGGACUUUAGUUAUUUUACCAUUUUAACAAACUAUAAGACUGAAGCAGAGAAUUUUGGAGAUAGUUUUGUAUUUUCACUGUUCCUCAACAACACAUUUAAAGAUAAAAUGAAGGACUUUCGUGUUGUGCAAGCUCUGUGGUGGUAUAAAAUAUAUGGUGCAGAUUGGAAGCAUCCCUAUGGUCCUGAUUCUGACAUUGCUGAUAUAAUGGAUCAUCCAGUAAUUCAUGUGUCAUGGAAUGAUGCUCAUAAAUACUGCACCUGGAGAGGUGCACGUUUGCCCACUGAAGCUGAAUGGGAAGCUGCCUGUCGUGGUGGACAUAGAGAUACUAAAUAUCCAUGGGGUGACAAACUAUAUCCAGACAGGAAGCACAUGGCCAAUAUAUGGCAAGGCACAUUUCCUAACUAUAAUUCAGCAAAGGAUGGAUUUAUUGGUACAAAUCCUGUACAUUUAUUUGCUCAAAAUGAUUUUGGUCUUCAUAACAUGGCUGGCAAUGUUUGGGAGUGGACUGCAGAUUCUUGGUCUGACGAUAAUCCUAAAGAGAAAGUGAAGAAAGGAGGGUCUUAUUUAUGUCAUCGUUCGUAUUGUUAUCGCUACAGAUGUUCGGCACGGUCUUAUAACACUGAUGAUAGCUCCGCAGGAAAUCUAGGAUUCCGCUGCGCUAAAUCCGCGUAA